CUCGGGCUGUUUCCUGUUUUCUGUUUAUUUUAACUGCACUGUGCUGAUUUCUCUUCCAAUAUUUGAAAGUUCGUGUAUCAGUUUACCGCCAACAUUAAGCCCGAAGCCUCGUCGUGUUUACCAGAGAGUCAUGAAGAGGGCUGCCCGCCAAAAGAGGACUCAAAACGAGGAGCAGAUCAUUUCACAUGCGAAAUAAAUGUGUAAGAGCAGGUUUAAGACAACCAGCUCGUCUCUGAGGAACUGAGCUCCACACAUUACAGCGAAGCGUCAUGAAGGAGGAGACGGAGAUGAGAGAGCACCCACGGGUCAAAGAGGAGCGGGUGGAUCUGUUUAUUAGUCCAGAUGUGGAGGCUGUUACUUCAAACGGGGCUCAAGUAAGACUUCCUAAAUCAGAACCGACCGGUGACUGUGAGCUAUUCCCGUCGACCACUGCUGCAUCAGUCAGCGUAAUGGAAAGCAUAGGCGGCGAAUGUGAUGAAGGAUCAUCAUCGCCUCCUCAGAGUCACAGCAUUGAAGUGAUCGUGGAACUGGAACAGCCGUCGAGGGAUGAAAAAAUGUGCCGCUUUUGUGGCAAAUGUUUUAGGAAGGACUCUUUUCUUAUAAGGCAUGUGGACAGGAGUCACAAAGGCAAAAAAGCCUUUAAAUGCCUCAAGUGUAACAAGGAGUUCGACCAAAGGCCACACCUUGUCGUGCAUACGAGAAUACACACGGGUGAAAAACCGUUCAAGUGUGAUUUCUGCGACAGAACAUUUGCACAGAACUCAAGUCGAAUUGUUCAUAUGAGGGUGCAUACUGGAGAAAAGCCAUAUUUUUGUAAGAAUUGUGGGAAAAGUUUUUCUAUAAGCAAGCACUUAAAAUUUUGCAAAAAGCCGAAAAAUUGCCAGAGCCCACCAGUUAAAGUGAAAACUGAAGAUGAUUUAAAAGUGGAGAAACGCUUCAAAUGCUUUGAAUGCCACAAAGAGUUUAGGUAUAAGUACCAGCUCAUUCAGCAUUCCAGAGUUCACACCGGUGAAAAACCUUUCAGCUGUGAUUUUUGUGGCAAGACCUUCACUCAGAGCUCUAGUCGCAACGUCCACCUGAGGGUGCACACAGGAGAGAAACCAUACUACUGUAAGAAAUGUGGCCAGAGCGUUUCCAACAAAACACAUCUGAUAUACUGCACAGGCAACCAAAACAAACGGAAAAAGAAGACUUUUCGCUGUGAAACGUGUGGCAAAACCUUUUACACCAAUUCAGAGCUGAAGGUUCAUUUUGAGGUUCACGAGCAAUGGAAACGAUACGUCAGUGAAAGACAACAAGGACCAGAGGUUGAGGAGAAAAAACCUAUAGACAUGUAAGACAACAACGGUCUAUCUAACAUCUUUUUUUUUAAGAUAAUGACUAUUAAAAUGAACCCGUUGUUUUGGGAUGGUAGGUUCAACAACAAUAUCUUGAAUGUAGGUAAUAAGAAAAUGCAAAGAGUCAAACGCUGGAGUGAUUUGGCUGCUUCAGCUUACUCAUUUUCCAUUUUUGGUUGAUGGACCCCCCCCUGCCUCUCCGUGGACUCUGUGCUCCUGUAAUCUCCUCAGAUUUUAUUUAGACUAGCACUUGUGCCAAAUUCCACUCAAACUGCUUGUUCAGCCAUACGCACUCCUGUAUUAGAUUUAGACGAUAUACAGUUUGGUUGUAGCAUCAAUGCUGCUAUAAAUACCAGAUUGUGUUUAAAUGUUAGGCAUGAAGAGUUAGGCAGCAUACUUCCUAGCUCUCAUGUCCUUGUUUGACCUCAAGCAGGUUCCCACUCCUACCCACAAAGCAGGCAAUGCUCUUGAUUUGAUUCUGACUCAGAACAGCUCGACUGUCUAACCUGACUGUCACCCCUCUGCAUCUAUCAGACCGCUUCUUCCUUCAAUUCACCGUCUCCUUACCGAUACUCCCUCAGGCACGGCCAAAAAUGGUUUUAUACCAUCGAAACAUCCGAUCCCUUAAACCAGCUCAGCUGUCUACGAGGUCUUGGCUGCCAUGGCUGCCCAUAAGGAUUUUGCCACACACUCUACAGAUGAGGCUACAGACUCACUCCUCUGCUCCUCUUUAGCCUCAUCUUUGCUCAUUUCCCUGAAUUCCUCUGUUUUAUGAAAUGGUAAAUUGACUUGAGCUUGUAGGGUGCUUUUCUAGUCUUCUGUCUGCUCAAGUCGCUUUAGACACAGCUGUUCACACCCAACCGUUCACACCUUUUCACACACAGACGGCAGAGGCUGCUAUGUAAAUUGUUCAUCAGUAUUAACUAAUCCAUUCCUAGACAUUCACACGCAGCAGAGGGAGCA